AUGGUGCAGGUAGCAGGCGGGUUGGAGAUCAUCGCAAAUUGCAGUAUACUUCUUGUUUGGAUAUCAAGCACAGUGCAGUUUGACCAGAAGGCUAUAACUAUUUACGGCACGCCGCCAGGAAAGCCAAUUACGGUGCCUGCUACAUUUAUUUCCAACAAUAAUAAUGCACAGAUUCUCUACUUUGCCGUAUAUCAGGUCGAUCCAUCCUUUCAAGAGUAUGUUUUAGGAUACGAUAUCGGUGGAAGACAUGGGCUUUAUCCAAAGUCUGGAGCUUUGACCUUGAGCUCAUCAUGCUCUUCUGCACGUGCAAGUGCUGCCGAUGCAGUAGACAUGUUGGGUGUGGCAAGUGAUAUAUCAAUCACAAUAGCCUAUAUCUGGAUCCCGAUGGAGCUCUUGUACUUCUCAAUUCGAGCAAACGAAUUCCCAUAUCCGCAUAUAACCUCACUAUUCAUAUUAUUCAUAUUUAUGUGCGGACUGACACACUUCAUUAAUGCUUGGAUGAUCUGGCCACUUUCUCUUCACUGGAUUUCAACUGGAUUAAAGCUGGUCACUGCUGUCAUCAGUUGCUACACCGCAGUGGUUUUGUUCUUCACCAUACCUCAUGCUCUUGCGUAUCCCAAAUACAUCAAGUCAGUCGAAACUCAGAUAGUCCAAAGGCUCCAUGCGGAAAGAACCCUUCUUGUGCACACACCUCACAAGAAGCAAGAGAUCUUGAACACUGCCGUAAUGGAAAUCGCUUCAAAGAUAGAAGGUGGCCGUCGAUGCUUGAUCUUUCAACCAAACCAUGAACGGAUACUCGAAUGCAUUGCCGAACACGUAGUAGAAGAUGCCAGUGACUUAGGCUCGGACGAUUCGAAGAUUGAUGACGAAACCAGACUUCUGAUAAACCCCGUAUUAUUGGGCACAAUCCCACCUGCUGAAAUCCAGGAGGUGCAAAUGAGCUUUGACAGAUUGUUGGAACCUGUUGCUAUAUAUGGCCGUGACGAGACUCCAUUGUCGCUUUACUUUGGGUUGACUGUUCAAGAACAAGCUUUAAUCGUCCCAACAAAUUUGGGAGACGAUCAGAAUGGACUGCUAGUUUUAGUGUGCAAAGAAAGUACUGCUUUAGAUGUUGACGAAGAGUUUGGUACUGCUACUCUACUACUGGAUUUGGCGGAACAGGUGUCGAUUGCCAGAGCGCAAGCAAACCUGAUUGUGAAGGAUCGAUUCUUGAUUGAUCAGUUGGAAGAGCAAAAUGCCGAUCUGACGCGGGCGAGAAAGGAAGUUAAAGUUGCUCAGGCACAGAAGGAUUUUACAGCCGUCAUGUCUCAUGAGAUGAGGACACCACUGUUUGCCAUAUCAUCGCUCCUCGCAAUGAUCUCAGAAUUGGAGGCUCUACACUCACCCAAUUUAAAGGAAGUUGUUGAAAUGGUGCAACUUGCUAGAGGCAGUGCGGAAAUGUUGGUGACCAUUGUGAACAACAUUCUCGACUUUGCCAAAUACGAGGAUGAACAAUUCCAUCUGGAUCGGUCUCCGUUUUCCCUGAGGGAAGCUCUUGAAAUGGCUGCAGAUGUUGUCGCAGUUCAAGACGGUGAUGCCAAAUUCCCACAAAUUAUAUUAAUUGGGCCGAGCCAUGACAUUCCAGUUGUUGUUGUUGGGGAUGUGACACGAUUCCGCCAAAUCAUGGUCAAUCUUUUGGCUAACGGAUGUAAAUUCACUGAAGCGACUGGUACUGUGACAGUCCAAGUCAAGAUGAUUCCUCCUAGUGCUCCUGGCAAAGUCAGUAUCCGGCUGACUGUAACAGAUACUGGCAUCGGCAUCCAAGGCGAUGCCUCUCGGCUCUUCAAAAAAUUCUCACAGGCGGAUGCUAGUCAUACACGAAGAUACGGUGGUACAGGACUUGGGCUAGCAAUCGCAAAAACUCUUUGCCAGCACAUGGGCGGCUCUAUUGAAGUUCGCCCAAAUCCAGCUGAACGCGGUACUCAAUUCAGCGUCGUCGUACACCUCGACGAAUAUCGACCAUGUGAAUGGGAGACUCCAGUCGCAUUUUCGCCUGCACUACCUGACUCCAAGUAUAAUAGUAUCAGAAUUGGCGUUGUGGACUCCAACCCUAACUCUCAACAUGGUUUAAAACAACUUGCAUUACACUGCUCCUCAAACAUGCAAACCUACUCACACAACAGUAUACAAGAACUCUUGGACGCUCGUGUCUCUCUAAACGGCAUAGUGAUCAACAUGCCAGCACUCCCUACUACAUAUGAGUUAGAUUUGUUGGGCUCCCUGUCCGCAGUAUAUGGCUCUCGCUUCCUGGUCUUGUACGGAUUUGUAGCACAUAAGUCACGCCAAAGUGUAGUAACUCUUCCUGAAAGCAAGAGAGCACUAACAGCACAACGGCCACAGAAAUUGGGUGAAUUCGCACGAUUUCUAGAAGUCAUAUGUGAUCAGUCUUCGAUUGUAUUUGCCAUGCCAACGGGUGGUCAGACGACUGAAGGCACAUCGGAAGCCGAGUGUCCUCCUUCCUCCGCAGAGCCAUCACCACAAGUACCAUCGGCAUCUGUUAGUGUCACAUCAAAAGCAGGCGAUGAGGAUCAUCCUCCGAUGCCAUUGCGCAUCCGAGCAGUCUCAUCAUCAUCUGUACAUGGUAUACCGCCACUUCGAAUUCUGAUCGUGGAAGAUAACAAUAUAAAUCAAAUGGUGAUUACCAAGAUGCUCUCUCGUCUGGGUCAACGAAUGACAGACAUUAGCGUAGCAAACGAUGGUGUAGAAGGGUUUGAAAUGAUGCAGGCAGAUCCAAACAAGUAUGAAGUAGUGUUGAUGGACAUCAUGAUGCCACGAAAGGACGGAUAUGAAUGUACCAGGGCUAUACGAGCCAGGUAUGGAGAACGACCAUGGAUUAUUGGAUUGAGCGCGAAUGCAUUUUGGGACGAUCGAGUCAAGUGUAAAGAAGUGGGAAUGCAGGAUUUUGUGUGUAAGCCGGCUAGCGUGGGUGAUUUGAGGCAGGCGUUGCAAAGAUAUGUAGACAAGAGGCAAUUCUGA